UACCAAUUCCUCAGUCCUCAGAAUGUCACCCUGUGUGGUACAUUUUUUUGUAACUCAAUAUGUGCACACGUACUUGGAUUGAAGUUGAACAGCUUCCUCAGUUGGGUGACUGGCGUGCGGAGUUGUUUUGCAGUCCCCCCCCUGGACAAGUCCAAGAAUAGAGCCUCGGAUGACUGGAAUAGUUUCCACAAUGCAGGGUAACGUAGAUCUGUAUGUGCUCCAACGCCAAGUCAGUUGAAAAUACAGAGACCGUAUAUUACAAAUUUGUCUUGACAUUUUAACAGAUCAUAAGAAUAGAUGUGGCAUUUAGGUUGAAUGUUGCCGUAUGUGAUCUGAAAUCUGAACCGUAACCGGGUGUGAAACAGCAUUAGACAAAAGCAGGAUACGUAGCUGAUUGGUCAGCAGAGCAGAGAAGGUGGAGUACACAACAUGGUAUUUUCACUUAGUAUAAAUAGGGUCCUGGGACGGGAUGACUGACAAGUCAGACAACAGCUUGCUGCUUAUUGGAGUUUACGUUCAAUCACUCAACGGCAAAUACCAACACGGAGAUGUCGAGUACAACUCUCCUUCCGGCGGCGGGCCUCGGGUCGAUGGCCCGCUCAGCAGGACUUGCAGAGAUUGCUGUCCGGCUCUGCUUGAACCAACGUAGACAACUGUGUCCUUAUGUGUGGGUUCCCAUUCUGAAGCCCCAGCGCCCUUGCAUCCGUCCUUCACUUCCAGAUCAGCCAUCUUCUGGCAUCCCGGGCCGCGCCUCUCCGCCCGGCGCUCCCCCAUCUCCCUACGACGACCUGUACGACGACGACGACGACGGUGGCGAUGAUGUUCGGCUCCCAAUCGAGAACAGACGCGUUGUUUUCGCUGACUCGCGGGGGUUGCCCUUAACUGCCGUGCGGGUGUUUUCUGACGCAGAGGAGCGGCCCGACCUCGACCCGCUGCCGUCGCUGCAGGGUUUGGGGCGCAUGACAGAGGAAGGCUACAGCUGCACCGUCAGCACCUGCUGCCCAGGAACGCGGCUCAAACUGGGCUUCCCGCAGCCUUCCGCUGACUUCCGGGCCUUUCGCGCCAAGCUGGCAGAGCGCAUGGUUAUCCUGGAGAACUGCAGUGUUACUGAACAGGCCCUUCGUGGUACCGUGCGAGUCAGGAAUAACUGUUUUCAGAAGGAAGUGCGAGUACGGAUCACUUUUGACUCGUGGCAGAGCUACAGAGACGUGACCUGUGCGCACAUGCAGGAGCGCUUCGGAGGGCCUCAGACGGACGUCUUCGAAUUCGACUUGGCCGUUCCCAAAGUGCUAGAUGCCAAAAGGAGGAUAGAAUUCUGUUUAAGUUAUUUGCCGGGAGGCCACAGGGAGCCUUUCUGGGACAAUAACGGCGGACGGAAUUACAGCAUUGACGUGUGCGUGAGCUCACACCUCAGUAGCGGGAAGAAUCCGAGUAAAAGGUCGUGACUUACGCCAGCUAGACAACAAUGGUCCUGGGUAAACAUAAGGGGGAAUGUACUUUUAUUAUAUUUUUGAAUUUUAUUUUCCAUAAAUAUCCACCCCAUUAAAUACAUCUUUAAAACGGA